AUGGCCAGUGGACAAGUAAGGGCAUACGAACCUGGUAAGUUGGACGACGAAGGAAAUGAAGAAAACAAGCAUGUUCGAAAGCGACGAAGUGUGAAAUGGGCACCCGACUACGAUUUAUACGAACAGUGGGCUGCGGAGUACUACUCGCAAUAUGAAUCUCCUGAUAACAAUCCGGAAGCUAUCCUGAAGGGGCCUGAAACUCUGCUGGACAAGUUGGUAGGUCAUAAUAAGACAGAAGAAGAGCUCGAAUCCGAACGUCAAGCUGCGGCGGAGAAAAAAGAAUUUAUACUCAGAUCAUUUCAAGUAUUUACAUGGAUAUUUUGCGGUUUAAUAAUAUAUUGUUGCAUUAGAAAUCUAAUACGAAAAAUUUUGGAUAAAAUCUGCUGUGAUUUCUGCCGUGUCUUCAGUUUCAAAAAGAAAAUAACUAAGUUGGUCAACAAUUUUGUGCCAGGAGUCUACAUACAUAAAAAUGGAAAAAAGGAAUUCUAUUUUCCAACAGAAGAAGAAAUGGAAGCUUUGAAAGAAAUACAAAAGUUACUUUAUAGUGUUGUGUAA